GAUUUCACUCUCAAACAUUGCCUCUGCAUUUGCAUCGAUAAUCUCUCCACCAACAACCAUGCUCUACUCAUCUCUCGUCGUUGCCGCGUCGGCCUUUGCCGGCCUCGCGUCUGCUCAGGGCAACUCGAGCUUCAACACUCCCAUUCCUUGCUGCACUGUGCCCACCGGCAGCGUGCCCUCAUCCGAGAAGUCCGCUUGGUGCGAGGCCAAUGUCAACACCUGCGUCGACAUCUGCGGCGGCCAGGCCAACAUUGCCAGCAACGGCAACUCUUGCGACGACAGCUCCCUCAGCUUCACCUGCAAGUGCAGCAACGGUACCGACGCCCAGACCGCCAUUGCCGCCUACGAGCAGUCCGUCCCCGCUCAGAUGUGCUACUACUGGUACGGCCAAUGCGUCAACGCUACCAACCAGAACCUUGCCCAGCAGUUCGAGUGCGAGAAGGCCAAGAACGCUACCUGCGGUCAGCUCAAGAUCGAUGAGAGCGGCGCCGUUACCACCGCCUCCGCUUCUUCCUCCGGCGCCCAGGCUUCGCGCACUGCCGGUUCUUCUCCCAGUGGCUCUGGUUCCGCCGCCCCUGCUGCCAGCACCGGUGCCGCUGCCACCUUUGCUCAGUACGGCGCACCCGUCGUCGCUGGUGGUUUCCUGGCUCUUUUCGGCCUUGCGUUGUAGACAACAGCCAUCUCUAGUGCGCAGCGGGCCGGUCCCUGUCGGACGGUGACAUGAGUGGAUAAGAACCACAUUCUCUCUAGCAUGAGCACACGGCGCAUGGUGAGGGCGAUUCAUUGUCUUCAGCGUUCUCGGGCAUUGGACACUUCCUCGUUCUCAUUGGCGUUGCGUUGCAUGAUAUUCAUGGAGGUCGAGGCGAAGGAUAGUAAUGCGAUUAUAUGAAGGAAACACGACUUGCAAUACCCAAUCAACCAUUAAUUGUUCAAC